ACGAUCUUGUGGAGAAGAUGCCAUGCUCAGGGAACUCCUCCCGCGUCUGUGAGUGCCGCACUGGCAUGUUCUGUGCACUACCAGUCACCAACACCUGUGCCCGCUGCAUCCCCCACACCGUGUGCCCUCAAGGGUUGAUUGUCAAGGUCCAGGGCACAGCACAGAGGGAUACUCUGUGUGGGCAGCCUUCCCCGGUGAGCAGCCCCGAGCGCUGCACCAGCCCAGAAGACUGCCAGGCGCCGACCAGCAGCGCCGGUGCCCAGGCCAGGCCCCUGGUGACCUUCUCGGCGAGCUCCAGUGCCAGGACUACGCCUCUUGGAGGGGGCACUGCCCUCACCCCCGAAGAUGAUCCCGAAGUGACGGGGGCCCCCAGGUCUUCAUCCUCUGUGAGGAAGCUCAGUCCAGAUCCAGGGCUGAUCCCACACCGGCCUUGUCCCCCAGGGUCACCUGACUGCAGGAAGCAGUGUGAGCCUGACUACUACCUGGACAGGGACAGCCGCUGCACGGCCUGUGUGAGCUGUUCUGGAG